CUUUUCCAGGAAAUGAGCUACCGGUGUUUGUGUCUUUCAUCCACACUGGCAGGAGGACUGAAUACCCUGUUUAAAGCAAGUGGAAGCUAAAGGUGUUCGGAGCCAUGGCUGAAACUGCAGAAGAUUGUGAGUUUCCACAAAGGCGACUCGGAACUAAAGAGAGUCGCAAUGGCAAUUUUAAAGAUAUGUCAGUCAGAGAACGACGGCAGCAAGAACGAGAAGAGCGUCUCUCUCUGGUGCUGUGGAAAAAGCCUGUCCAGACGCUGCAGUAUUCUCUCUUAGAGACACUCAUCACUUUAAAGGAGUGGACCUGGAAGCUCUGGUACAGAAGAUAUUCAGUGUUUUUCGUGCUAGUGCUUUUUUCAGUCUUCACAGUGGCCUACUCAAUAGAAGGAUCUCAUCAAACGUAUGUACAGCAUUUGGAGAAGCAGAUCCUUUGGUGUUCCUACUGGGUAGGCUUGGGGAUUUUGUCGUCAGUAGGCCUCGGCACAGGCCUUCACACUUUCCUUCUUUACCUGGGCCCACACAUAGCCUCUGUCACACUGGCUGCGUACGAGUGCGGCUCUGUGAACUUCCCCGAGCCGCCAUACCCGACUCAGAUCGUGUGUCCAGAUGAGAAGGGGGUCCAGGACAGCGUGUCCCUCUGGACCAUCAUGUCUAAGGUCCGGCUAGAAGCCUGCAUGUGGGGAGCUGGUACAGCUAUCGGAGAACUUCCUCCAUACUUCAUGGCCCGAGCGGCCCGUCUGUCUGGAUCUGAACCGGAUGAUGAGGACUAUGAGGAAUUUGAAGAGAUGCUGGAACAAGCCGAGAGCGCGCAGGACUUUGCAACCAGAGCAAAACUCGCUGUACAAAACAUGGUCCAGAAAGUUGGAUUCUUGGGAAUCCUGGCCUGUGCCUCAAUCCCAAAUCCUUUGUUUGACCUGGCUGGGAUUACGUGCGGCCAUUUUCUGAUCCCGUUUUGGACUUUCUUUGGAGCGACACUAAUCGGAAAAGCAGUUAUCAAGAUGCACAUUCAGAAACUCUUUGUGAUCAUAACGUUCAGCAAGCACAUAGUGGAGCAGAUGGUCUCCCUGAUCGGGGCCAUACCCGGGGUUGGAGUUUCCUUACAGAAGCCUUUCCGGGAAUAUCUGGAAUCUCAGAGAGCUAAGCUUCAUCACCCAGCCGGGGAUGGCACACCUGCGGGUGAGAGCUGGCUCUCCUGGGUCUUUGAGAAAGUGGUGCUCGUCAUGGUCUGCUAUUUCAUUUUGUCCAUCAUAAAUUCCAUGGCACAAAGCUAUGCCAAGCGGCAGCAGCAGAGGAAACACUCGGAGGAGAAAACCAAGUGAUAGACUCACAUUAAAACAUCUCAGGCUCCCAUUUUGGAAACUUAGGAGUAUUUAACCUGGGAAAGACAGAAUGGGCUCUAAUCUAACAUGUGAUUCUGUGUACUGAUUUGUUUUAUGUUCUCUUUCACCUCCAACUUGUCUGUAGCGUCUAACUAUUAAACUCAGAUGUUUUGUUUUGUUUUUUUUUAAGUUUGUUUUUUAACCUCUACAGAGAUACAGGAGAUGAUUAGAGACAGUGGAUGGUAAAUACUUGUUGCAAAGCCUUAUGCAACAUCGCAGGGUCAUGCUUCCAUUGAACUAAAUACAGUUCUGAUAAUGUAGAAUAAUUUAUUUUCUUUAUGUUUAGCAGUAUGAAUGGGCAGGGUUGAGAGGUUUGUGAUGCAUUUUUCUUAUACAGGGACAGCAAUAUCAAAAAAAAAAAAAAAACCUCUGUGGUUUCUUAAUUUCCUGCACAUUGUGUAAAUGAUUUGAUUUAACAUUUUUCUGUGGAAGUCUGAACAGACUUUCUACCAUAAUGUGAUGAAACUGAUGCUAUUUAAAUCUAGUAAAUAUUUUGAUUGAAAUCGGCCUCACGUGCCAUGCAUAUAAAUUUAUCAGCUGCCUCGAUUUUUUUUUUUUUCCUUUUCUGUCUUAAUAAAUUUUAUGUCAAGCUAAAACUUGUAGGUCUUUCGUAGACCUUGGAUUAAUUCUAUCAGACAUUAAAAUCGAUGAAUGAAUCCUUUGCUUACAUUUCAUCAUGUUCUAGCAUUUAUUCAUGGUUUAUAAAUCUUCUAUGCUGCCUGCAGUCCUGAAGAUCUUUGCCUGAGCUCGAGAGGUAAGUGUAGAUCAUAAAACCCAUGUUUCUGAUUAGUGUGUGUUUGUUCUAGGAUUUAAGAAGUGUUUUUGUUUUGUUGUACAUUCUUCUCCAUAGCUGCUAUAUAAUUUGUUCAACAGUUGACUGUAAGUCAUUACACUGAUGAGAAAGUGCAGCAGAGGAAGUCUGUUAAUGAAUAAGUGACUGAUGUGAAACAGGUUUAAAUUUGCCAGCAGGCUCGUAGAGAAGUCAAGCUGUUUUGCAUAAUGCACCGUUCGAGGUUCCCUGUACGAGGAGCACCGUGUUCUCACAGUCCCGUCGUGUCAGAUAGCUUAUCAGACUGGUGUUGGCUCUUAAGUCAUAAGGCGACAACAGUCUGUAGGCUGACUGAAAGACUGGGUUUAUCACCGCAGAGGAAAUGAAAGAGCUUCGGUUGUGCAAUAGCCACUUCUGUUCACGCAAACUUGUCGUGACGGUUGGGCUGAGUCUGGAUUUCCAAAGAAAAGGAGCCAAAAAAAAGAAAAAAAGCUUAAAGAGGAAACUGAAGACGUUCCACCGUGAGAUUUCUUCUUGGCAACAGGAUCAGACCUUUCCGUUUUAGAGCUUGUUUUAAACUGAUCAAUAUCAGAUUUGAUGUGUUUAGAGUGCCAAGGUUUCUACAUGUAGCUACAGUUUGAACUUCACUCCUUUUGGAUCCGGUGUAGUAUGAAUCGAUGAAGGCAAUAAACAAAUGAGUCACAGUC